GGAACCAGUUAAGGAGACUCCCGAAAUUAAGCGUUGUAGGUAGAUGAGAAUAGUGAUACUCAAUGUUCACCAGAAGGCGUUUUGAAUGAUGAAAUGAGCUGAGAAUAACCCUCGAGGAACAUUUAUAGCAGAAACCGCGACCCAUCAAUCCCGACCUCUCAUUCCCUGCCGUGGAAUAUUCGCCUCCUGUGGCAAAGCCUGUCGUGAGCGCCCUCUGUUGUAGCGUCUCGCAGGACGAAUUAUCCCAAACGUAAAUAAGAAAAUCGAGACCGCACCAUGGAGGGUAACGGGUAUUAUCCAGAAAAUGACCAAGGCUUUGGAGAUGGUUGGGGAAACAAUAACCGAAGAAAUACCUCUGCUCAGGGAGGUUUAUACGGUAAUGAGUCCUUUAUGCAAAGAGGGCUCUAUGAUUAUUCUACAUCAUCCUAUGGUGGAGACAUGGGAGGAGGAGGCCAGAGAUUGACAGGAUUUGGUGGAAAUAGAAUGUCAUCAUCAAACAUGUAUGGAUCAGAGAUGGGAUCGCAAAGGAUGCCAUAUGGUUUUGGAGACAUGGAUAUGCAGAAUCCGUCCUCUCAGAGGGACAUGUCAUAUGGCAAUACAGGAUCAUUUAGUUCUAUGGAUCAGACUGGGAGACGCCCAUUUGAUGACUAUGAUGGAUCAGGUAUGCAAAAUUCAUUUAAGCCGAGAGGAGGAGGAGAAUCAACUGGGGCACAAAAACGUAUCCUUUCUGAUUAUGAAAGUGAUGUGGCCCUUAUGCAAGGAGGGUCUUAUGCUGGAUCAUCCCCAUUUGGCAAAGAGCCAGCUAAGAGACGUGGUGUCGAAGAAGAAGAAGAGUUUCCUGCCUCCCAGCAAGGAGGGAAUUUCAAUUCAUUUGGGCAGAAAGGACAGGUUUCAUACAAAGCUGUAGCUCCACCUGAAGUUGGUCCCUUUUCAUAUGAGUAUGAUCAGCCUGCAAUCCAAAAACGUCCAUAUGGAUUUCAGGGUUUUAAUACAGGAGCUAGGAACUCAAAUUUUAUGUUUGAUGAUAGGCGGUAUCGUCUAGGAUCAGGAGGUGCAGGCAGAGGUAGAGGCAUGCAACGGAAUGUUGGAGGAGAAUGGCAGAACAAAGGAAUGAAGCGAAGUGAUCCGGGCUUCAAGCAGGGUGGUCCUUAUCCAAAAAAGAAGAAGAACCCACUUCAAGGUCAGAAAAAUCCUGUCAGUUUUCUAAACGAGAUACGCCCAGAUGCAAAAUUUAAUGUUAGUGACAUGGAAGGACCCAGCAACAUGCCCACAUUCAGAGUAUCCUUAGAGUUUGACGGUGAAACAUAUACAGCUUCAGCAAAAAGUAAAAAACUUGCAAAACGAUUUGCUGCAGAGGCUGCCCUCAAAGUUUACCUUCAAACACCAACAGCUAUUCAGCUUGGUUACAGUGAAAGCAUGAUUGAAUUCAGUGAUGGUGCUGAGGAAGCAGUUACACAAGGAAAUGAUGUCGAAUCUGACAAGAAAACUACUACUACGACAGAUACCAAGCCAGCUACAGACGAUGUAGCAUUACGAGGGAAAAAUCCUGUCAUGUACCUUAACGAAUUACGAAAAGAUGUAGCUUAUGACUUAAAGGAAGAGACAGGACAGGCACAUAACAAGAACUUUGUUAUGAGAGUAACUGUUAGUGGGCAAGAGUUUGAAGGUUCAGGCCAGAGUAAAAAACUUGCCAGAGCAGCUGCUGCCCUAGAAGCCUUAAAAGGACUUGGAUUAAUGAAUAAAAUCAAUCCCAUUAGUGAAGAUAAUAAAGGAUACCAAAUGCUGCAGAAAAUGGGUUGGAGUGGUACUGGUUUAGGGGCCAAAGAGCAAGGCAUUACUAAUUGUAUCGAACCUGUUAAGUAUUAAGAAAUACAUUGUGGUAACUUGGGGUAUAAUUUUUCCUCUUCUUGGAAAAGUAAACUAAAAUGUACAAAAUGGAAGUUGUUUGUUUGAAAGUUCUGUUUUAUGGGAACUACUUCAGAAGGACAGGUUAUAAUGGUAUUUAAUUUUGAUUGCCGAAGCAAGUCUCUUCACUUUAGGAUGUUGUGAAUUUGCCUUUUCUAAGACAUUGUGCAGUUACAUCACACUUGCUUUUAAAAUUGAAUGAUAAGAUAUGUAAGUAGCAUAGUUAGGUAAUGUAGGUUCAUUGUUCAUGUUCAUUAUUAGAAGUUCACAAGUAGGUUUGGAAAUGUACUUCUGGCACUCAUGAUUUUCCAGUUUCAGUGUGUUACCCUGUACAGUGUUCAUGCUUAUUUAUGUAUGAAUGAAGAUAAAAGGUCUAAGCCUUGAGGGCAGACACAUCAUUUUAUUUUAAAUACAGCCUGUAAAUACACUGAGAGUAUUUGUUGGCUUUUGUUUUUACAUUUUAAAAUAUGUAAGUAUCUUUGGUUGGUAUCUAUGAGGGUUUUUUCUUUUUUCAGGAAUGUGAUAGCAAGCCCUGAUUUGGCAAGACAAUUAACUACUGAUUUGUGCAUUUUGUAAAUAUUCAGACUUUAUGUUUACCUAAUAUCAAAUUUUUUAUACAAAAAUUCUGCUAAUGUUUCAAGUCACCCAUCCUUCACCACUGACAUGUUUACAGUAAUCAGAUUGAGCUGUAAAGUCAAAAGACACUUUAACCACAUUAUGAAGGUAAUAUUUGUCUCUUGAAGGAUGUUAAAUUUUAAACAGAUUUACAGAUAAUGUAUUCAGGAAUAGUAGUGUAUUGCUGUUGUCCUUUCUUAAUGUAAAAAAUGUAUGAUUCUAAUGAAGGACAUUUACACUAUAAUUUAAUAAAUUUUCAUUUCUGUAUAUUCAGAAACCAGUUUUAUUUUUCAUUUCCAUGUUUAGAAAAGAAGAAACUAUUUAGACCCGAAAGUGGAGUGCUGUUGGAUUGAUUACUUGGCCAAAGCAUAGUGACAGCUAUAACACUACCAUCAUAUUUGAUUUAUUAGAGUAGACGGUAGCUUUAAUAACUUAGAAUGAUACUAUUUAAAAUUGGCAGAAGUGCACUAAACUAAGCUAUUUCCAUCAGCAAUGGCAUUUCCAAGACUUGAGCUGAGUUAAGCUGCCACUUUAUGGUGCUGUAGAUAGUAAGCAUUUGAUAUGUAUGGAUACGUACUUCUAAAUUCCAUAUGGUAUAUGGAGAAACAUCAGUUUGUUUAUUUCCAGUUCAACCAUAAUUCCCUCUCUAGUGUAACCUCUUACAGCAUUUUAGCUCGGGGAUUUUGAAUUUUCUUUUGUCACUUGGAUACCUCAGGAAACUAUAAUGGUGGUGAGGGCUUACAGUUUUCUGAAUUAAAGACUUCAGUAGAUCUACAGACAGCUACAUAAACAUUGUGGAACAUAACAGCACUUAACAUGUUUUUCAGCAGCUGGAGUUUUCAGGAAAUCAAGAGCUAAUGCACCAAUAAUCAUGACAAAGAUCCAAUUUUAGCAGUCAAGUUAUUUUUUUUGUGAGCAUGCACUUACACCUUAAAGACUGGUAGGAAUACAUUAUCUUUUGUACUAAUAUUGCAGUAAAAACUGAUUUAUAAGAAAGUCUGUAUACGUAUUCAUAUGCUCCACAUGAAAUUUGUGUGUAUCGUGCUUAAAAAAAUUAAGUUUUAAGUAGGUGGGGUGCCGUUGGUUUUUCAAUCUGAUGACUAAGUAUACUAAAGUGAAAAGCCGUAUUCUUGGUAAGGUCUCAAUCAUUGUUUGGGGAAAAAAAUCUCAUUAGUGUGGAACCCGUGCCGAUAUGUGAAUAAAGGAUUUAGGGAUUAGUGUGUUUAAUACAGCAAGUAACAUGGCCCAAAAGAGUUUACAGUCUUUUACUGUGCUCACUACUGCAAUUAUUCCCCACCAUUCUUCAGGUCUUGUUGCUACAGAGCACUAUUAUACAUUUUUCUCUUAUUUUGACUGUAGUUGUAACCAAGACUGCAAAACAAAACUGGCAGUGUUUAUAUCAGUUAAUGAAACAUAACUUAGUCUUUAGAAAUAAUGAAAUUUGUGGAACUUUGGCAAUAUGAAAUUUAAGCAACAUUGCACUUACAUAACAUGCAGGAAGUCCUUGUUAAUCAAUCAUUGUUUUGAGUCGAGUCUGCAGAGGCUCCACAUGCUCAGACUACAUGAAUGUUAUUUUUGGCCAAAUUCCAGUAGCACAGAUAAUCUUUGAUGUCUGUAAACAAAGAAAUUUAAUAUUAAAGUAUUUCAUAGCCC